AUGGUUGAACAGCGCCAGCACGGGCGCACUCCCGUCCACAACAGCGAGGUCUACCUCCUCCGCCAGAUGCCUCCGACCUUCUCAACCAUCCCCCCACUGUCCCCUCCGUCCCCCAUCACACCCGCCGAGGACGAUGACUUUUGCAAUGGCAUGCCGAUCGAGGCCCUCUCCCUCUCCCAGCCGGCCAUUGCCGUCGCCGACGAGAAGCUCGCAGUCGAAGAGCGUCUCUCCAACGCCGUCCACGUCCUCUCCACCGAGACCACUGCCCUGCAGAACCUGACGGCGCUCUACUCCACCGACCGUCUCGCCCGCGAAGGCUUCAACCGCGCCGUUGAGGCCAUCACCCGCCGCAACCACCCCAAAUACCCCCACCACCAACACCACUCUCACAGCCGAGGAGCGACAGACGGCAAGAUAGUAGUAAUAGGCGUCGGCAAGUCAGGGCACAUCGCCAAGAAGCUCGUCGCAACCUUCAACUCGCUCGCCAUCCAAGCCGUUUUUCUCCACCCCACCGAGGCCCUCCACGGCGAUCUGGGCCAGAUCGGCCCCCGCGACACCUUCUUGCUGAUCACCUUCUCCGGCAAAACCCCCGAGCUCCUGACGCUUCUCCCCCACCUCGACAAGUCACUUCCUCUUAUCCUCUUAACGUCUCACACCCGCCCGGAAACAUGCGAGCUGAUCAAGCACCGCCCCGAUACCAUCCUUCUUCCCGCACCGAUCCACGAGCCAGAGACAAAGUCCUUUGGCGUGUCGGCACCAACAACCUCCACGACGGUGGCGCUGACGGUAGGGGAUGCGCUCGCAAUCGUCGCCAGCAGGGAGCUACACCCCAGCGUAGCGAGCGUGUUUGCCAAAAAUCACCCCGGCGGCGCGAUCGGGGCUGCACUGAGGAAGCCAAGCUUGAGUGAAAAGAGCGCGAGGGAACUGGCGGUGCGAAUGGAGAUGAUUCCGCUCCUGGAUACCCCCCCAGAAAAGACCGCUACGGGUGCGGAUGUGCUCAGGGCGGGCUAUGCCUCGCCUUCGGGGUGGGUGAGGUUGCAGACCGGGGAUGUUAUCUCCCCCAGGCGGAUCAGGAAGCUGGAUUCGGCGGAUCUGGUGACCGGGUUGGAGGAGCUGAAGGGGUGGCUGGUGACGAGCAAGAAGGAGUUAGUGCCUGUUGCUGCCGACUCGAGCGUGGAAAAGGCGGCCGAGUGGGUGCUGGGGAUGAGGGUUGCGCUUGGGGAUGGGCAGUAUGAGGAUAAUGCGAUUGUCGCUGUUAUGGAUCGGGGAGAGUGUGUUGGACUUCUUGAGGUGGGGAGUCUGAUGGAGGAGGCAUGA